AUGCGGGACCAAGACCAGCGGUUUAUUAGCCUUAAACUGUGGAUAGACCAUGAUGCCGCCGCUCUUAUUUGCUGUCACGACAGAUGCAGAUGCGCCAUCUCGAUCAAAGCUUCGCGGGCGACAACGCAUUUGCGCAACUUUCAUGGCAUCUCUACGGAUCAGAAAAAAGGUUUAACACAGCGGCUGGCAGCAUUUGAACUACGAAACCCAGAGGACAUCCCUGCCUUCGAAGACGGCUCUCCACAGCACUCAAAAUUGCGAAUCUACAAAAGGUUUCGCAUGCAAUCAAUGCAAAUUUCGAACCACUAG